GAAGACAUAUAGGAAAUUGCAGCGCCGUCCGAACCCAAUGCCUCUCUCCGGCUUCGCAUUAAAAAAGCGUCGACCUUUCGCGCGUGUCAUCCCCCCAUGGCUUCCUCCCUUCUACGCCGCGACGUGUCACUCCUCCUCCUCCUCUCCACCUUCAUUCCCACGACUUCGUCCUCAUCCCCAUCGUCCAUCCUUCCAUCCGCCGCGGACUCGGUUGGAAAAGAGAGGAGGAAACGGGACGUUCCUCGUCGUCGGCCUCGCAGGUUUUCUUUUGCAACUUCUUCUCUAUCUCCUCCGCCUCAGGUGCAGCAUUCCUUCGAUUGCGACGCAGAUCGUGAAUGGUGUUCUUCCCAUGGUGCGGUCGACAAGUAUGUGUCGUCCAGAUGUGCCGAUAAUGUGUUCGUGUAAAUGACGAAUAUGGUAUACUUGAUUGUGAAACCCUUCGGUUUGGUCCAAAUCUUCUUCCUGCUGGGAGUGAGGACGGUUGCUCUUCCCACGCUGGUAUUCUGGCAACUAUUGAAAUUGAUCAUCAACUUUCACGUGGACCUCUGUUGGCACUUUCUCAUUUUGGGGAUUACUUUCAUGACUCUACCAAUGCGAAUGCUGACUGCCUUGAAGAACGAAGUAAAGCUAGAGAGGCUUCUCAAUGAGAUGCAAAUUCAGUUAGAGAAUCUCGUAUGGGAAAAUAAGGAACUUGAAGAACGGCUGCUGAUAGCAACGGACGAUCGAAAGGUCAUAGAAAUGAUACUUAAGGAGAUUGAAGAGGAACACGAGAAAGCUGUAACUAGGAUUGACCUACUUGAGAAUGAGUUGCAGGAACUUAAAGAAGAAAACAUGCGAUCGAAUGAAGUUCAGGGAAAAACCCUCUGGAACAGCAAAUCUCAUUAUGAAAAAGAUGUGAGAUCCCGAGAGAGUAUCUUAAUUGGCACUGAUUAUGGUAGCACUUCAAUGCAUCCAAGUUACAACCGGAGGGGCUUAAGCCUUUCGGACCCAGAGGAACCUCAUGAAAAAGGUGAGGCUUUGAGGCAACAGAGAGUUGUGGUACUUUCUCGGAGUUUGUUCAGUUCAUUCCUGUCUCUUCUGGUAGGCAUGAUCAUCUGGGAAGCUGAAGACCCAUGUGUUCCUCUGGUAGUAGCCCUAUUUACUGUUGUAGGCAUAUCUCUUGGCAGCGUGCUCGAGUUUUUCUCAACCAUCAGGAACAGGCCGGCUUCCGAUGCUGUUGCUCUACUUAGUAUCAACUGGUUCAUUCUGGGUACUCUCUCUUCUCGGACACUGCCUGUCAUUGCUCAUAUGCUUGCACCGUCAGCCAUCAGGAUUGCUGUUCAGCUGGUUGGCUGGCUUGGUUUCUCUGUGUAGCCUAACGGCCAUUAAGCGAAGCAGCUCUUGUAGUCAGUUGUGGGUGUUUGCUUUUUGAUGUAAUGGUUCACAUCAGUUUGUUCUUUGUUGCAAUGUCGGUCUUGUAGCUUAUGUGAUACUGUAUCUUCACUUGUACUGUCAUUGUGGCUUACGUGGU